AUGACGACGGGAUUGGUGGCCUCUGCGGUGGAGGCCUCACUGGUCGUCCUCGCGUCGGUGCUGCUCGCCGUCCCGCUGCACGCCAUUGGCUGGACGGCCGAGGCGGCGGCGCUUCCGCUCGUGUGCCUGGGCGCGGCCGCCGUCGGCCUCCACCUCCCAGCACCCGCCAUCGUGCGCCGCCUCGGAUGCUGCUCGCUUCGGCGCGCACCCUCGAUGGGCCUGGCGCUGGGCUGCUGCUCCCCGUCGCUGCUGCUGUGCGCGAUGGCGCUCGCAAACGUACGUGCGGCCACGCCGGCGGCACCGCUCCUCCGGGCGCACCUCUGGGCGCUGCUCGGCUGUGCAGUCCAGCCGCCGCUCGUGCUGCUGCUGCAACCGCUGGCGGCGUCCCUCCCGUGGUGGAGCGCGCCGCUGCUCUCCGCGCUGCCGCCGCUGCUGACGCUGGCCGUGGCCGCCCCCGAGGGCGCCGACCCCGGCAUCACGCUCGUAUCGCUCCUCACUCACGUGGCCGCCCUCGCCUGGUCGACCGCGAUGGUGCGCCGGUCCUUCACGCUUGGCGAGGCGGCCGCGCUGGCGCAGGGCGUCGCCGCACUCUCCGCCGACGCGCUCCUCAUGACGCGCUGCACUCUCGCUGCCGGCGGGCCGGCGGCGACGCCGUGGGGGCACUGGGGGCGCCUGUGCACUGCCCGCGAGCCAGAGGCAAUGGGUAUCGAGGCCGUCCUCGCGGGCGGCCUCGCGCUCACGGCGGCGGCCGCCGCCGUCCUUGCACCGCUGCGUGGCCGCGCCUCGCCCUCCGCGCGCGCCGCGCUCCUUGUCGGCGGCAUCGCCCUCGCCCUAGGCGGCGUGCUGCUGCCGUGGCUCGAGGCGCUCGUCGGUGCCGCCCCGCUCCGGUGGCUCCUCUCGUCCCUCACCGGGCCUGGCCGGCCGGCCCUCGUCGCCUACUGGGCCGCCGCCACGCCGAUCGGCUGCGUCGCCGCCGCGUGCGUCGCGCCACCGCCGCUCUCGCCGGAGGAUGCCAGGCGGGACGCCGAGGCAGAGGCGCUCGCAGAGGCCGAGGCGGAGGCGCUCGCAGAGGCGGAGAGCACGCUCGCGGCGGCGUCUGCGUCUGCGUCGGCGGCGUCGUCUGCGUCGGCGGCGUCGUCUGCGUCGUCUGCGUCGUCUGCGUCGGCGGCGUCGGCGGCGUCGGCGGCGUCGGCGGCGGCGUCGCCGCCGCCGCAGCCGCUCGAGCCCGAGCCGUCGCCUGGGCCCGAGGCGAGCCGCCGCCGGGCGCGGCGCGCGCGGCUGCUGCUGGCGCGCAAGAUCUUCCACCUGCUCGCGGUGGCUCUGUUUUGCCCCGCCAUAGUGCUCGCGCCGAGCCUCCUCGCGCUCGCUCUCGCCGCGGUGGUGCCCGCCUUUGCCCUCCUCGAGCUCGUGCGCGUCGGCGCGCUGCCGCCGCUCGCGCGCCCGCUCGCCGCCUUCCUCGCCGCCUUCCUCGACAGCCGCGACGCGGGCACCCUCGUACUCACCCACAUCUACCUCCUCGCGGGCUGCGCCCUCCCGGUCUGGCUGCAGAGCGCGCUGCCCCCCCCGCCGCCGGCCUCUCGCGCGCCCCUCGCCGCCGCCGCCGUCCGCGGCGCGCCGCUCGCCGGCGUGCUCGUCCUCGGGGUCGGCGACGCGAUGGCCUCCCUCGUCGGCGUGCGCUUCGGGCGCACGCGCUGGCCGCGCAGCCGCAAGACGCUCGAGGGCUCCGCGGCCGCGGCCGGCUCGACCCUGCUGGCGCUGCUGCUGCUGCUGCACGUGAGCAGCCCGGACGGCGCGCCGGCCGAUGCACGCACGUGGGCCGCCCUUGCCGGCGGCACUGCGGUCGCCUGUCUGCUCGAGGCGGCCACCGACCAGAUCGACAACCUCUUCCUUCCCGUCGCCUAUCAGACGUGGCUGCUCAUCGCCGCCGUGCUCGAGCCGUGGUGCCGUGAUUCGUCGUGCGGCGAGGGGUGA